AUGAGUCACGCAGAGAUAAUCCGUUCUACAAAUCUCAUAAUUCUGCUAGAGGAUGAAAUCUUUGCAGAUUUUUUCAACACGUUUCUUUCUCUCCCGGUGUUUGGUCAGAUGCCAUUUUACACUGUUGAAAAUUCACAAUGGCGCUUGUGUCCAGAAAUACCAGAUGACUUGAUCGCCAAAUACAAAGGAUUAUUGACCUGGUUGGAAAAAUACAGGUUGCCUUUCUUCUGUAAAUCCAACUUGUGUUUCCAGUACAUUCUCUGUCAAGAGCUCACCAGCUUCAUUAAGUCCCCAGAAGGAGGGGAAGAGCUGGUGGAUUUCUGGAUCCUUGCUGAGAAGAUCCUGAGCAUCGAUGAGAUGGAUCUGGGACUGAGAGAUUACUACCUGUCUCUCCUCCUCUUACUGAAGGCCACCCAUUUGCAGGAGGGCUCCAAGGUGGUGACUCUCUGCAGCAUGAACAUCAAGGGUCUUCUGAACCUUUCCAUCUGGCAACCAAACCAGUCAACCACCAGGAGAGAGAUCCUGAGCCACAUGCAGAAGAUGGCUCUGUUCAAACUCCAGAGUUACUGGCUCCCCAACUUUUAUACCCAUGCCAAAGUAAACUUGGCCAAAGAGAAAGAGUGUCAGGGUCUGAUGCAAGAAUAUGAGACACGUCUUUGUGGUGUUUGCUGUUCUCAUGUUGGAGAGCUUCCUCUGAACAUGAGCAUUGAGAAGCCACACCACCACCCAAAGCGGUACUCAACUCGGAAGAGCAAGAGAAAGAUGUGGCAGUUAAUAGAAGUCCACUCUUGGUCACUGGAAUUAGAAGGGUUAUCCAUUCCUUCUGAGCCAGCCACCACCAGUAUGCCCUCAUGGAAGAUGGGUCCUCAGGAGAAGGCAGUUAUACAAAUGCCUCCCUUACAUGUGACCCAUUCAAAAGAGAAAAUUAUUAAUUUCUUGGAAAACAACAUUGAUACCAAGAUGUCCCAUACAAAGAACAAAGCCAAUAGCCGGUUACACAUGGAGGGCCUCUUUGAAACAAAGUUCUCCCAUCGCAUGAGGACAGUCACUCCCAUCAUCAAUGACUCCUCCCAGGCAACACUGAAGAAAGCAAUCAAGCAGAACCUCUCCUUGGGGUAUACUCACUGGGCCUUAAGCGCCGACGCAUAUGCAGGGAAUCCCUUCCGGGACUACUUGAAGAAAAAGAAUAUGAAAAUGGAGGCUAACCUCCUGGAUUUAUGGCAGGACUUGCACCAUUUCCUUGGGGUCCUGAUGAGUAACAGGAAGAAUGGAAAUGCUGCCUUUCGGCACCUCCUCGGGGACAGGAUUUGUGAACUCUACCUGAACGAGCACAUUGGGUCAUGUGCACGACUCCAAGCCCAAACCAUUCAGGGUCUGAAGAAGCUGCUGCCUCAAGGGGAUAUAAACCCCUGGAUCCCUAGAGCCCUCACUGAGAUCUCCAAGAUUCUCGGUUCCUUGUAUGAUGAAUUCCUGGCAGAAGAGGAUUAUUGGUUUCUCACCUUUACAACUCAGAACAGGUUCUCCAGUCUCAAGGGACAUAAAAGACACUCUACGACCGAAGAAGAGACUAUUCUUCUUUAUAAGAGGAUUCAGGAAUCUCUGGAUUUAAGCCAGGGCUUGGCUAACAUGGAGGAAAUGGAUUCUCUGCAGUGGCAAAGAAUAGCUACUGAGGACCUCAGACAAGGCGGGUCUCUUAAGGUAGAAGUGAAGUCUCCAGUACUCCUGACAGCCUAUGAGGUAAAUACGAUUGCUGUCCAGGUGAUUCUGACUACCCUAUCUCCCGCAUGGCUCAGUCUCGGAGGCACAGAGUGCUUGGGUUGUACAGACAGAAACUUGAUGGACGUUCUCCUAAGUGCAUCCCACUUGGACUACUUCAAGGAGUUCCUCAAAGAACGGAAGUGUGAAAUCCCAUUGCAAUUCCUGUUAGCCGUACAUAAGAUCACUUCUGAGACCAAUGCAAACCUGCAAAAGAGCCUCCGUGAAAAUAUAAUCAAGACUUUCUUCCAUGGCAGAGUACCUCCAGAAGAGCUGCUGCAGUGCUCCAGCCCUAUUAUCAGCGAAAUCCCUUCCAUGCGACAAGUGACCACGAGCUCGUUGUUAGCUGCCCACGGCCACGUGAUGAAGUCUCUAGAAGAAAAGUGGUUUAAAGAAUACCAAGACAUGUUUCCAUUGCGUCUUGGGGAUGCCGAAGUCGAAGUCCAAGCUUCCCCUAGGAAGCCCUCAAGGACAGCAACAACUUACAUACAGAAAUCCCAGAAGAGGGGUUGGAGAAGAAUAAUUGGCUUUGUCAAGAGCUUUUGCAAAUACCGAAGACUCAUGUUGGAUAACAUUUCACGCCAAGAAUUCCAAGAGUAUCUCAACAUGGAACUGUACAGCAAAGAAAAUGUCUCAUCAGGAAAUGCACCAAGUCAUCCCGGCAUGAGUCCCUCGAAUGUCCGGAGCUCAGACUUUGAGAAUGGGGAAACACCAAUUUUGAAGCGCCGUAUGUUUGGCCAUAAGACUAUCAUCAUCAACUUUUUGAUCAAUGAUAUAGAUUUCUUUUCUGAAAUAGAACGUUCUUAA